CACGUGUGUAUGGUUGUAUGUAUGUAUGUGACGACUAACCAUGCAAAUAAAACAGUUUUAUGAUCGUUUACAUUUUUAGAAAACUUUAGGAAAAUAUUAUUUUCAUCAAAAAGAAAUCACAAAUUUCCUACUGUUGAUCGUACAGAUAGAAAGUUUUUCUUUUAUCUGCAAAAGAAGAAGAAGAACCUUGAGAUAAUUUCUUUUUUUUUUCAAAAAAAAAAUAUUUGCAUAUAAUAGCUAUAAAUGAUUCGAUGAAUUCAAAUUCGGAAGUAAUUUUUCACAAGUGACAUCUAUUAACCAAACCGGUAUACUUGAUCAAAUAAAUAAAGAAUAUUCAUUCCAUGUCUAUCGUCAAUUGUUAUUAUUUGUAUUACAUAAUCAAAUGUUUGAUUUCUGCACUAAUCCUUUCCAUCAUCACAGCAGAUGACAGCCACAAUAAUAAUAAUAAUCAGUGUAUUGUCACUGAAGAAAUACUCAUUAGUACAUUUGUAUGUGAUUUAAAUUUUCUGCUUGAAAAGUACGCGCCAAAAAAUACAUCAGGCGAUUUAAACAAUCAGAUUAUAGUGUUGAAUAUAUUGAAUGAAAAUCAACACUUUCAAAUUAUUGAUCAGUAUAAAUUAGUUACAAAAGGACGUAUUGAUAGAGAACAAUAUGUGUAUGAAAAGUUAUGUCAAAAUGUAAAUAAUAAUAAUAACGGUGACAAUUCAUUUAAGGAUUACUCAUUUACUGAAGAUCUUAUUGAUGAUGAUCCAUCGAUAGUCGACUGUACCAUCAUUUUAGAAUUUGCAUUGAUCAGUCAAAAUCGUACAUUCAAGCCAAUUCUGAUUAAUCUACCAGUGAAAAUUCAAGAUAUCAAUGAUAAUAUCCCACGUUUUGAUCAGUAUACAAGUGGACUGCAGCUUGAAGUCAGUGAAGAUAUUUCAUCAACAAUCAGUAAAUACUACACAAUUCCAUCAUUAGUGUAUUUGCCUACGCUACUUUCAUCAUUGUCCCACUCAUCAUCGGCAUCGGAGCCAACAGGAUACUGGAAAGGCAAUUCAUUUCAUGCUAAUGAAGGCACUUUGUUACAUCAGAAUAAGAAGCGUGAAUUAGCUGUCCUUCCUCUGGCUAAAGAUGUUGACUUUGGCGUGAAUGGUACUGUCGCCUACAAGUUAGAGGUGAGUGAUACAUUCUGCUGUUAUUAA